GUCUUCGGGGUGUUAAAUUUCCAUAAAAUACGUAAAUCAAGCAACACGGCCAGUAUUAUUCAAAAUUUAAGUCCGCUAUGAUGAACAAUACCGACUUCUUAUCGCUGUGCAAGCCUCUGAUCGACAAUUCCAUGUCACUGCUCUGCUCGGGAAUGGUUCCGGAGCACCUGAGCAAGAAGUACCACAACAAGCUAUUGCGACCCAACGAUCCGUACACUAUCUUUCAGUUGAACAGAAGCCCGGAAACCUACUUGGUGACCUUUCAGAGCCUCGAGAUGCCAGACUGCCUGAACAUCACCCUCCUGGACCUAUAUAACUUCAAAUGCCUGAACCAUCACAACGAACAGAAGGAGCUGCACUUUGGCUACAGCUACCGCAUGUGCUUCAAUCACUCCAUGAACCUCACCGACGAACUGAGCCAGAACUGUGGGGCCCGGAACUACGCCUACAACCGGCAGUCGGGAUACUACUUUGCCAACGAGGACAACAGCCUGGAUAUUCAUUUAAUUUCGAAUAGUGGCGUCUUUGUGGGCUCUGCGGCAUUGUUUUUCUAUCUGGUGUGGUCUCUUCUGAUGGUUCUCAUUCUGCGAUGGAGCGACCUUCGAAGUUGA